AUGCGACGUUUUAAGUUAAUAUUUUUCGUAUUUUGUGCUCAAAAUGUGAUCGCAGGAAGAGUUCCUCAAACGAAUCAAGCAGAAAACAGUGAUUAUAAAAAGACAUUUACUGAGAAAUCAGCAUGCCAUUAUUCAGAUCCGAAUGUUGCUGCCUGCAUUCAGCGUAUUGCAGAGCAAGCGAGGCAUCUUCUCGUUCAAGGAGUACCUUCCCUUAAUAUUCAACCAUUAGAGCCUCUGAAGAUACCAAGUAUCAGGCUGAGGCAGCACAACAUGCCCAAAAAUGUCUUCAAGUACGACGCCUGGUUUUCUGAUGUUACGCUAGAAGGACUAACCAACUAUACAUUCAAUAAAUUAGAUGUUUACCCGGAAGAAAUGAAGGUCACAGCAAACAUCAGCAUACCUCAUUUACUCAUGGUCGGAGAAUAUAUGGUCCUUGGAAAGUUCCAAAUGCUGCCAGUUGAGUCCACGGGGAAGAUGCUCGCAAAUUUUACUGAGUGCACAGCAGCACUAGAAGCUCUAGGCGCCCGCGUUCACAAACGAAUGAUUAUACGAGAUGCCACAGUCCAUCUACGAUGUACCGGUCCUCUAAAAGCAGACCUUAUGGAAGCACACUCCACCACCGGAGAAAUGGAAAUGAUAACAAAUCAUAUAGCAUCGAUGCACUCGGCUGAUAUAGCCAAGGAAGUCCAGCCGGCUGUGGAAACUGCUCUCGCCAUGGUUCUAGAAGAUAUCGCCAACAAGUUCUUGAAAUAUAUUCCGCCUGAUAUGGUAUUCGCUAAUUAG